AGAAUUCUAUAACAGUGCAAUAUGUUCACUGGACACGGAACGAAUUCAGUAAGAUAUCCUUUAUCGUAAUAUUUAUUAUCGUAUCCGCUUACAAUUUGUAUAGAUAACACGAAGAAUAUUUGAGAAGGAAAAUUUGUUAGUAGUUCUAAGAAUGGAAAUAUGAUGGACAAUGAAAUCGUUGUUUAUUAGAAAAACAGGUACCUAAAAAAUAUGUCGAUUCACAUAUUUUUAAUUUUGAUUGUUUACGUGUACUACGUAAAUGGUGAAUACAUUGAACCGGGACCCAAGUACAGGUGUCCAAAAAUAGGCAGUUUAUCUGAACUGGCGUUACAUCCUUGUCGUUGUGUAGCAGAUUCUGACUAUGGAUUAGCAUUACAUUGCGAAAACAGUAAUUUGGCCACAUUAUCCGUCGGGCUUUCUAACGUUGCAUCGCUUGGUGACGUCGUUGUGGACAAUUUGACUAUAUCGUCUUGCAACAUUGGUCGUUUAUUUGGAGAUAUAUUUUACUCGACUCCUGUGAACCGGCUCUUUAUAAAAGAUACGCCAAUACAUUUACUGGAUGAUGAAUUAUUCUUCGGAAUUAACCACACGCUUUUUGAAUUACACAUAGUAAAUUCUAAAUUAGCUGAAUUUCCUUCUGGAGCAUUUAAGAUAUUGGGAAAUUUAAAAGUAUUAAACUUGGAUAAACAUGCGAUAUUUAAUAUUCCAACCAACGCUUUCACUUCUAGUCAAUUGCCAACUCGUUUAGAAAAAUUACAUAUAACAAAUGGAAAAUUAACUUCAUUGUCUCCAGACUCGUUAGGUCCAUGUAAAAAAUUAAAGUACCUAGAUCUGCAAGGUAAUAGAUUGGAAAAACUGCAAAAGAAUCAGUUCAAAGGAUUGAGGGAUUUAGAAACAUUAGACAUAUCCAACAAUAAUAUUACUAAAAUAGAUUCAUCCCAUUUUAGCGAUUUAACGAAACUUGUGUCAAUAAAUUUAGCUAAUAACUCAUUGCCUUCUGUCACCAGAGGAGCUUUUGCAAGAAAUACAUUGUUACGUAUUUUAAACUUGAGUUCCAACAAAUUGACAAGAUUAGACUCUGAGCUAUUUCGUGGUUUACGAUUUCUUCGAAGAUUGUAUCUUAGCGAUAAUGAAAUUUCUCAAGUUGAUCGAGGAACAUUUUCGUCCAUGAUGAGAAUAGGAACAAUAGAUUUGGCUAGGAAUCGAAUGAAAAUUAUCGACUAUCAAAUGUUUUCUGGUCAAAACUACGUUGAAAUCAUCGAUGUAUCUGAAAACCAAAUUACCAAAGUUGAGAAAUUAUCGUUUAAAAAUCUUUAUUUGGUUCACAUUAAUUUGUCUAAAAACAAUAUAUCAGAAAUCGACAGUGGAGCGUUUGAAAAUUGUGCUAAUAUUACAAUGUUGGACAUGUCAUAUAAUUCAAUUUCUAAUAUGGCAAGCUCGGUGUUUGACAAUAACACGUAUGCCACUGUAUGGCAACUAUCGUAUAAUAACUUAACAGAUAUGUCUCAAGUACCAGUUGGCAACAUGGCGGGUAUUAAAAUCUUAAACGUAACACACAAUAAGAUUAGAACUAUUCCUAAAGGAACGUUCCCAAAACUGUUCGAGCUCCAUACAUUGGACUUUAGCUACAACCGUAUAAAAUCCAUAAGUUCCGCCGUAUUUCAGCCACUUCUCAGUCUGCGAUUCAUCAACCUUAGCUACAAUGCACUGGAAGAUUUGAAGUCCACAACGUUCGGCACUCUACCGACUGUACUUGAAUUAUUUUUACAUCACAAUUCGAUAAAAAGAAUUAAUGCUGCAACAUUUGUAAAAAUGUCGUCCUUGAGUCAUUUGGAUUUAAGACAUAACGAGAUUACGCAAAUACCCACUAUACCCAUAUCGCUAUCAAGUCUAACUAUAAGCCACAAUAAAAUUGAAGACAUAGGACCCGACCGAGCUUGGCCAUCGAUGAAUGCAUUACUUUCAUUGGAUCUAAGUCACAAUAUAUUAGGUGAUAGUUUGGACAGUGGGUCAUUUUCAAAACUUUUAUCUCUACAGAGUAUAAAUUUGGAUUAUAAUUCUAUUACAAUGCCUCCCGCUAAAGCAAUGAGCCCACUAGUUUCAACAAGGCAUUUAUCGCUAAGAGGUAACAGUAUUACACAUCUUAGCUCUAAGGCUUUUGGCAUAUUGCCAGUGGUGUUUUAUCUAGAUUUAUCACAAAAUAAUAUUACACAAAUUGAAUCUCAGGCUUUCGAUGGACUAUUGCAAUUGCAGCUGUUAAAUUUGACGGAAAAUGGUUUAACUGAAAUACCAAAUGGCGCUUUUAAAGGUUUAGUAUCUUUGACAACUUUAGAUGUGUCGUACAAUCAGCUCAGUUCAUUGGACAACAAGACAAAUAGUUUAUUGGAUGACUGUCUUUCUCUCAAACAUUUAAAUUUAAGUCAUAAUCAGUUUUCUUUUUUCACCAAAAAAUCAUUUCCAAACCAUAUGUAUACGCCUAGUUACUUAGAAUCUAUCGAUAUAAGUUACAAUGAAAUACCAAUUGUAACAAAAGAUAUAACGAUUGGAACCAGCAAAGUUAAAUACCUAAAUCUAAGUCAUAAUUCUAUUGAUGAGAUACGGCCAGGCGUACUCGAAAAUUUAACAUCGUUACAAGUAUUGGAUUUAUCAUACAAUAAUUUAGAAACAUUGAAAAAGGUAGGCAACAUGCCUACAAAUAUGUCAGUGCUACUGAUGUCUAAUAAUAAACUAACAAAACUUUCAAAAGAAAUAAUUAGUUUUGUUCCAAAUUUAAAAUACCUCGACGUAGAGAAUAAUCUAUUUAAUAAUUUCCCUCCGGAUUUGGCCAAAAUAAUUACUAAAGGACCUAUGAUUUCAUUUAAAGGCAAUCCUAUUGAAUGCGAUUGUGCUCUAAUUCCGGUCAAAAGAAUGUUGAAUUUGAAAUUAAAUCCAGAUCCACAGUGGACAAACAUUACAUGUGUACAGUUAUUAACAUCGGAAGUAUCUUAUAUAUCAGAUCUAAGUGAUAAUGAAUUGAUUUGCGAUACUUCAAUAGAAGACGAUGAUGAUAUAUUUGUUGCGACAACCGAUGUAAAAUUCAGAGGCGUAAAAAAGUCUGGAAGUGGUUACAUAAAAAUUGACUGGCUUGUGCUACAAAACAAGGAAGACAUUGCAGACUUUAUAAUAUUUACUGGUGGUAAUAAAUUAGAAGAAAGGAAUUCUUCUAAAUUAAUUCCUUAUAAUUUACGAUCUCAAACAAUUAAAAAUUCUUUUAUUAGGGGUUCCACGAAUUUAUGUAUACUAGCAAAAGAUAGUUUUGGUGUCGAAAGACAAAUGAAAAAAGGACAGUGCAUCAAUAUCGAAGAAUUAGGUCCAUUAGCUCUGAACAGUGCUAAUCAAAGUUCAAAAAAAAAUUAUUUAUUUAAUUCAAUGUUUUUGUUAUUAAUAGCAAUAAUACUAUGGCAUAGUUAUUAAUUGAACUUCCAAGUAAAUAAAUAUAUAUAUAUAUA